AUGCGGCGAGCCCGAAGGAGGCCAGCGGGGCCGGACACGAAGGGGCCAGAAGGAAAACGCACCAAAGCUCAGAACCUAGGGGGGGCAUCAGCCCAAGUGGAGAACUCCAGCCUCCAGAAGACUCCAGCCUCUGAAGACGGUGGGGAGGCCCUCAGCAGCUACUGGCUGAUGAAGUCAGAGCCAGACAGCCGACUGGAGAAAGGCGUGGACGUGAAGUUCAGCAUCGAGGAUCUCCAGGCACAGCCCAGGCAGACGACGUGCUGGGACGGUGUUCGCAACUACCAGGCCCGGAACUUCCUGAGGGCCAUGAGGCUGGACGAGGAGGCCUUCUUCUACCACAGCAACUGCAGAGAGCCAGGCAUCGCGGGCCUCAUGAAGAUUGUGAAGGAGGCUUACCCGGACCACACACAGUUUGAGAAAAACAGUCCCCACUAUGAUUCAUCCAGCAAAGAAGACAACCCCAAGUGGUCCAUGGUGGACGUACAGUUUGUGCGGAUGAUGAGGCGUUUCAUUCCCCUGGCUGAGCUCAGAGCCCAUCACGAAGCACACAAAGCCUCUGGCGGCCCUUUAAAAAACAUGGCUCUCUUCACUCGCCAGAGACUGUCCGUCCAGCGCCUGACCCGAGAGGAGUUUGAUUUUAUCCUGAGCCUGGAGGAAAAGGAACCGAGUUAA